GACGAGACACAGAUGAAAAUAACCGACUGAUGCGCGCGGAGAUGCUCGUUGAGUCCCCGAUUUAUCUGUUGGAUUUAAUUUCCGAAGUUUCCACGUUGAUCGUGACGCUUGUAUUUAGGAAAGCAGCUGAAACUGAAGAUCAACAGGCUGAUGGUCAGGUUGUUGCAAAUCCUGAGCAGUAUAUCAAACAUCCAUUGCAAAACAGAUGGGCCCUGUGGUAUUUCAAAAAUGACAAGAGCAAAAGCUGGACGGAGAACUUGCGUCUCAUUUCCAAGUUUGACACAGUUGAAGACUUUUGGGCAUUAUAUAACCACAUACAGCAACCAAGCAAACUUGGCUUUGGUUGUGAUUAUUCCUUGUUUAAGGAUGGCAUUAAGCCAAUGUGGGAAGAUGAUCGGAAUAAGCUCGGGGGUCGAUGGCUGAUGACUCUCAACAAACAACAGAGGCAUAACGACCUCGACCGCUACUGGAUGGAAACGCUCCUGUGUUUAGUUGGUGAGUCAUUUGAUGAGGCAAGUGAAGAGGUAUGCGGAGCUGUGGUGAACGUCAGACCCAAAGGCGACAAAAUAUCCAUCUGGACCAGCAACUGCCAAAACAGGGAAGCCAUCAUGACGAUAGGGCAACUUUACAAAGAGCGUUUGAACAUCCCUAUAAAAGCCAUGAUUGGCUACCAGUCUCAUGACGACACGUCCAGUAAGAGCGGCUCCACCACCAAGAACAUGUACUCUGUCUGAAAACCCUUCCCUGUUUCGACUUGCUGUAGAUUUAAACAAUUACCAGUCUGCAUCAUCACAUUAACUUUUUGAGUUGUCAACUACUAUAGUGUAUUUUCCUUUUAUUGCAAACAAAUAUUGUUUAAAGUGUGUACAGUCUGAGCUACUCCCCCCACCCCUCCAACACAAGGAGUUAUUACAACCAGGCUGGCUGGAGAGUCUGCCUCAAGAUGUCUUAAAUGAGCAGAAGAACAUAAAUAAUUUCCUUUUAGAGUUGAGGAGUUGAGUGACUCGUAUAGUGACCUCCCACGGCCAUGCUGAGAGCGAGCUUUUUUCAGUACUCGACUACUUUGAGAUGGGAAAGAACCCCCCUUAACUUUUUAAGGCCUUGUGUUUUCCUCAUGCUGAAUUCUCCUCUAAAAAGUGUUUCUUCUCCCACUAGAAAAAUUCUAGACACAUUUUUUUGCUUCACAGAACAAGUUUUAAGGACAGUUUUUAACUUGAUUUAUUCAGAGCAUGAGGUGGGCUUUCAGGUGCAUCAGCAUGAAGAAUCUACAGUAUCCUAAAGUUUGGAAAAGCUGUGGUCACACUCCAAAGUGGAAGGUUUGGAUUUUAAGGCCAUCUGUUACUUCAGCCACGUUGGAAUUGUUGAAUAUUGCUUGUAGUAUUUCUUGUUUUGUUUUCUUCCACUUACAUUUAUUUAUAAUGUAUGCAUUGCAGUUGCUUAGUUGAAAUACAACGAUGAAACUUGUUUUAUUUUUCUUUGGUUACAGUUUAUAGUGAGGACUACUGCAUAUAGAUGACAUUUUUUCCCCUGUGUACCAUACAGUAACAUUGCUGACAGAAGGUGUGCUUUUCACUGUUCUCUUCCUAACAGCAACUGUAGAUUAUGUCGCACUCCUCAGUUGAUGCGAAAGAAAGAUGAUAUUCAUUGUGAAAUGACUUUGCUCAUAAUGUAUCUUUAUUAUCUGUAAUUCCAGGAUGUAUAUUACCUUCUUUCAAGUAAAGGUUAAGUGCUUUGCAUUAAACCACAA